GGGCGGGGCCGAGCUGACGUAACCGCGGAGCCUGUCAAUACGGUGAAGAAAUGCAGUGUUUGCUGCAGCGAACUCCGUGGAGCUUUACGAAAUCCUUGCGUGUUUUUUAAAGGUGGGAAAUGGCCUCGCUCCAGAAAUACAGGUUUAUUCGCCAGUAAGCCACAGGCGACGUGCGGGUUUGAAGACAGCGAGUGGGCAAAGCGCUCGCUAGCCGUCGCCAUCCAGACAACACUGGGUUCGUAGACAGAGGAAAGCAGACGACAGGAUCUGGACACGUUUACACAGACCUAUGAGCCUCUUAUCAGGUGAGAGAUGGAUAUGAGAGAGGUGUAUGUUGUGGCCGGCAGCUUUGUGGGGUUCCAGCUGUUCUUCUCAUGCGUCAGUCCAGUUCUGUCUUCCAACUUCACACAGGGUUAUGGGAAACUUCCUCCAAACAAACUCAACGACUGGAACUCCAGGCUGGUGUCCACUGUCCAUGCGUUAAUUGUGGGACUGUUCUGUCUCUAUAUCCUCUGGUACGAUGAUGCCAUCAAUGAGGACCCCGUCUGGGGUGAUCCUAACAUGGUAAAGCUGAAUGUGGCCAUCACCUGUGGAUACCUGUUCUAUGACCUGGUGCUUCUGGCUUGUAACUGGAGUACAAUGGGUGACGUCUUUUUUGUCUGUCACCACUUGGCGGCGCUAUACGCUUAUGGAUUUGUGCUGGUAAGUACCUGGAAACGCAGAGUUUUUUUUCCAGACACGCGACUGAUUUCAGAAUUGUCAACGCCAUUUGUGAAUCAAAGGUGGUUUUUCGAAGCGUUAGCUUACCCUCGUACUCACCAGCUGGUUGUCGCCAACGGCGUCGCAAUGGCGGUCGUGUUCUUCCUCGUGCGGAUCGCCGUGAUGCCGCCCUACUGGGCAAAAGUGUUUGGCACCUUCGGUACGCCAGCGUUCGAAAGGCUGGGUCUGGCAGCUCAGGUGGCCUGGAUCGUAUCCUGCAUUUGUUUGGAUAUCCUCAACACAAUCUGGAUGUACAAAAUCACCCGCGGCUGCUACAAGGUCAUUACCGGCAAGCUAAGAGGAGGCAAAGUGGACUCCAAAAAGACCAAUAACAUGAACAACCACACAGACUGAGAAUCAUCCGCAACUACGACCGAUUAGAUUAGACGUAUUCUCUUCCCAGAAUAUAGCACACAUAGCGCUCUGGAUGGACGUGCUCUCGAAACAGAGGUUUGGAGGAGAGCAUAUCAUCAUCCCAGUGUGGUUUUAACCUCUACUUCAUGUACAGACACUCUGACUUCACCUGCACUGUUGAAAGUCAAGCAGAUAAACUAACCUGUUACGCCUCAAUCACAACCAAAGUGCCUCCAAGCACAAGGAGAAGCAAAAGAACAUGAGCUUAUGACCACAAAAAGCAAAGCCUUAGCCAGUCAGUACCCAUCCAUGUCUUUCUCGAGACCAACCAUGAGUCGUGUUUCCUGUGAUAUUCACACUGAUGUGCCUCAAAGGUCUCCAGCAUCCACAACUUGUUGACCAUUUGGGUUGGAUGUGCUCAUUUAAUUUUACACCGUUGCCAGUCUGAUCGGUAGCAAACCUCAGAUCUACCUCUCUCACCGUGUCAAGCACAAGUGCAGUACCUGCUCAUCUCAAGACGAACACCGCAUGGACUCCAGGAACAUGAGGAGCAUCUUGAAAAGACAGUCCAUGAGAAUCAAACGCUUUGCUCUUAUAGUUCAGAAUUGCAGAACUCAUCUUAUGUUGCACGUUGGUCACUCUUUUGCAUUUUCCAUGUGAAAAUGGAGUGGAAGGCCUUGAAGAGUUUCACUUAGAAAAUACCUGUGUGCAUACUUCAUUUCUGACCAUGUGAGGUCACGUUUGCAUUAGAUUCGAGGAAACUGCAGUGCUUUAUUCGUUUCUCAGGUUCUUGCCUUUUCUAGAGCCCUCCAUUUUCUCCGACAUGCUCAAGUUUCCACACCAAGCAGGUUCGAAGCUCAAGGCUUGAUGGGAACUGGUGCAAAUUCACAUCUUAGUCCUGUUUUUUUCUGGUUCUGUUGUUUUCUUCCUGCCAAAUUCAUAGUUGUUUGUUGUUGUUGUUGUUGUUGUUUCAGCUUGUUGGUCACCAGAGCUUCCAGCCUGAUGUUUAGGCUUUUGUCAAUGAUGCAUGAAUGCUGCUGUCUCUUGAAUGUGAGUUCAUGUGAGCUGGGCAUGUCAACCCAUGUUGCGUUGCUCAGUGGCAUUACGAUGCAGUAUAUAUGUGCGUAAAAUCAUAUGCUGUACUUAUUCCUGCCAAGUAUUUAACAAGAGUAAAUCCCUCUGUAUUCAGAGCUAGCAUUUCUCUUCAGGUACACUUUCAAAAUGAAUGUUAUUUUGAAUGAGAAUGGGAGAGGAUUGUGGGAAAUGUAGUAUUUUGCCUUGUAUCCGUAAAUCGAAAUAACCAAAUCAUCCUCCAGGCCUUGAAUAUGUGAAGCUGUGACAAUAGAAAUAUAUUCGGGAGACGUUUUGGAGAAGAAAAUGGCCGUUUGGUCAUGUAAUUAUAUGUACUUAUAACAUCUGAAAUGAGCUGUAAUCUUCAUGUUUAUGGAAGCGCAAAGGAGUUUAGGCUUUAUGGUAUGACAUCAGCACAACCACUGCACAAUCGAAAUGCCUUAGUUGCAUUGAUAUUGUAAUAAUUUUAAUUUUAAAAGGGCUGGUCGAAAAUUAAUAGGAAGUUCAUCUACUGGACAAAUUGAUUGGCGAUACUCAAAAUAAUAUAUUUAGUAAAAAUACAUUUAGAUUAAUAAUACAUAGGAUUUGCCUGGUGUUCAAUGGAAUCAUGUAUUUGGUGACCAGCCCCAAUGCCAGUAUUGAAACUCUGUAUGUGUAUAAUUUCAGUCUAGAAAUAGAAGUCGCUUUUAAGAAUUGAUUAUAAGAAUACUAAAAUUAGCACAGAACUGUUGGAUGAUUUUCCAGUUAUACCUUUUACCUUUUCUUUUUUUUCUCUCUUUCUUUUAACACAUUACUGUUGUGGAUCUAAUCAUCUCUGGAAAUUUUAAUGUGAAAAUCGACAUCCAACAGAGGCCCCUUAGAGCCCCUGUCUAUACACUUUGAAACCGAUGGAUGACAUGUAUGGCCACUAAUAAUAAUGUCCAAGUAGCAGUCAAAACUUGAGAAAUGACAGAUUAAUAAAUUUGAGAUGAUAAAAACA